UAUCCAUUAUAAAAUGGUGGUGGACAAUGAGUAGAAAUGUAAAACGUUUUGAGGAAAUCGACUCUUAUCUUAAUAAGUGUGCCAUGAUCUGUGCAACACCUCUCCUACAGUGGACUUUGAUUCAUGAUUGAGGUUUUUAGAGUAACUUUUAAUAGCUGUACCAUGUACUUGGGUCAGUAAAUGGCUUUGAACUGUGUGAAAGUUGCACAGGCUGAGAUGUGUUAGAGACUACAUCUGGACAGGACUGAGGAUCCAGUGUAUUAUUUUUCAAGCACUUGGACUGGCAUCAUUUUCGGAAAUGACUGGAAUACGCUACAAAUCUGCUUUCAUUCUGAUCCUGAGUCUUAUUUCAGCAAACACUUCUCUACAGCAAACAUCUUCUACAGAGUAUCCAAGCUCUACAGAAGAGAUAACAACAGAAAGUUCAACAACUACUGAUGGCACAACAGCCAGUGAACCUACAGGUACAACAGAAAAGCCUGUAACCACAGCAGAGAUGACAACAGAAAGUUUAACAACUAGUGAUGGCACAACAGCCAGUGAACCUACAGGUACAACAGAAACGCCUGUAACCACAGCAGAGAUGACAACAGAAAGUUUAACAACUAGUGAUGGCACAACAGCCAGUGAACCUACAGGUACAACAGAAACGCCUGUAACCACAGAAGAGAUGACAACAGAAAGUUUAACAACUAGUGAUGGCACAAUAGCCAGUGAACCUACAGGUACAACAGAAACGCCUGUAACCACAGCAGAGAUGACAACAGAAAGUUUAACGACUAGUGAUGGCACAACAGCCAGUGAACCUACAGGUACAACAGAAACGCCUGUAACCACAGCAGAGAUGACAACAGAAAGUUUAACAACUAGUGAUGGCACAACAGCCAGUGAACCUACAGGUACAACAGAAACGCCUGUAACCACAGCAGAGAUGACAACAGAAAGUUUAACAACUAGUGAUGGCACAACAGCCAGUGAACCUACAGGUACAACAGAAACGCCUGUAACCACAGCAGAGAUAACAACAGAAAGUUUAACUACUAGUGAUGGCACAACAGCCAGUGAACCUACAGGUACAACAGAAACGACUGUAACCACAGCAAAGAUAACAACAGAAAGUUCAACAACUACUGAUGGCACAACAGCCAGUGAACCUACAGGUACAACAGAAACGCCUGUAACCACAGAAGAGAUAACAACAGAAAGUUCAACAACUACUGAUGGCACAACAGCCAGUGAACCUACAGGUACAACAGAAACACCUGUAACCACAGAAGAGAUAACAACAGAAAGUUCAACAACUAUUGAUGGCACAACAGCCAGUGAACCUACAGGUACAACAGAAACGCCUGUAACCACAGAAGAGACAACAACAGAAAGUUCAACAACUACUGAUGGCACAACAGCCAGUGAACCUACAGGUACAACAGAAACGCCUGUAACAACAGAAAGUUUAACAACUACUGAUGGCACAACAGCCAGUGAACCUACAGGUACAACAGAAACGCCUGUAACCACAGAAGAGAUAACAACAGAAAGUUCAACAACUACUGAUGGCACAACAGCCAGUGAACCUACAGGUACAACAGAAACGCCUGUAACCACAGAAGAGAUAACAACAGAAAGUUCAACAACUACUGAUGGCACAACAGCCAGUGAACCUACAGGUACAACAGAAACACCUGUAACCACAGAAGAGAUAACAACAGAAAGUUCAACAACUACUGAUGGCACAACAGCCAGUGAACCUACAGGUACAACAGAAACGCCUGUAACCACAGAAGAGAUAACAACAGAAAGUUCAACAACUACUGAUGGCACAACAGCCAGUGAACCUACAGGUACAACAGAAACGCCUGUAACCACAGAAGAGAUAACAACAGAAAGUUCAACAACUACUGAUGGCACAACAGCCAGUGAACCUACAGGUACAACAGAAACGCCUGUAACCACAGAAGAGAUAACAACAGAAAGUUCAACAACUACUGAUGGCACAACAGCCAGUGAACCUACAGGUACAACAGAAACGCCUGUAACCACAGAAGAGAUAACAACAGAAAGUUCAACAACUACUGAUGGCACAACAGCCAGUGAACCUACAGGUACAACAGAAACGCCUGUAACCACAGAAGAGAUAACAACAGAAAGUUCAACAACUACUGAUGGCACAACAGCCAGUGAACCUACAGGUACAACAGAAACGCCUGUAACCACAGAAGAGAUAACAACAGAAAGUUCAACAACUACUGAUGGCACAACAGCCAGUGAACCUACAGGUACAACAGAAACGCCUGUAACCACAGAAGAGAUAACCACAGAAAGUUCAACAACUACUGAUGGCACAACAGCCAGUGAACCUACAGGUACAACAGAAACGCCUGUAACCACAGAAGAGAUAACAACAGAAAGUUCAACAACUACUGAUGGCACAACAGCCAGUGAACCUACAGGUACAACAGAAACGCCUGUAACCACAGAAGAGAUAACAACAGAAAGUUCAACAACUACUGAUGGCACAACAGCCAGUGAACUUACAGGUACAACAGAAACGCCUGUAACCACAGAAGAGAUAACAACAGAAAGUUCAACAACUACUGAUGGCACAACAGCCAGUGAACCUACAGGUACAACAGAAACGCCUGUAACCACAGUAGAGAUAACAACAGAAAGUUCAACAACUACUGAUGGCACAACAGCCAGUGAACCUACAGGUACAACAGAAACACCUGUAACCACAGAAGAGAUAACAACAGAAAGUUCAACAACUACUGAUGGCACAACAGCCAGUGAACCUACAGGUACAACAGAAACGCCUGUAACCACAGAAGAGAUAACAACAGAAAGUUCAACAACUACUGAUGGCACAACAGCCAGUGAACCUACAGGUACAACAGAAACGCCUGUAACCACAGAAGAGAUAACAACAGAAAGUUCAACAACUACUGAUGGCACAACAGCCAGUGAACCUACAGGUACAACAGAAACGCCUGUAACCACAGAAGAGAUAACCACAGAAAGUUCAACAACUACUGAUGGCACAACAGCCAGUGAACCUACAGGUACAACAGAAACGCCUGUAACCACAGAAGAGAUAACAACAGAAAGUUCAACAACUACUGAUGGCACAACAGCCAGUGAACCUACAGGUACAACAGAAACGCCUGUAACCACAGAAGAGAUAACAACAGAAAGUUCAACAACUACUGAUGGCACAACAGCCAGUGAACCUACAGGUACAACAGAAACGCCUGUAACCACAGAAGAGAUGACAACAGAAAGUUCAACAACUACUGAUGGCACGACAGCCAGUGAACCUACAGGUACAACAGAAACGCCUGUAACCACAGUAGAGAUAACAACAGAAAGUUCAACAACUACUGAUGGCACAACAGCCAGUGAACCUACAGGUACAACAGAAACACCUGUAACCACAGAAGAGAUAACAACAGAAAGUUCAACAACUACUGAUGGCACAACAGCCAGUGAACCUACAGGUACAACAGAAACACCUGUAACCACAGAAGAGAUAACAACAGAAAGUUCAACAACUACUGAUGGCACAACAGCCAGUGAACCUACAGGUACAACAGAAACGCACGUAACCACAGAAGAGAUAACAACAGAAAGUUCAACAACUAAUGAUGGGACUACGGCCAGUGAAUCUACAGGUACAACAGAAAUGCCUGCAACUACAAAAGAGACUACAACAGCGAUUUCUGAUUUAACUACACAAAGUCCUGGCACAACUGACGUCACAACUGAAAAAGACAUUAUGACUACCAUUCAUGCAACAACAACAACAAGAUCAACUCAGUCAACAACCAAAACUACAACUAUCAAACCUAUUCACUGUCAAAAUGGAGGAACUCCACAGCCAGACAACAAGGCUUGUUUGUGUACAGCUGGUUUUACAGGAAGGACUUGCAAUAAUGUGGAAUUUGAAGUUGUCCCAGGUGACAUUGAAAGGGCAGUGAAUGCUGAAUUAGAAGUUAAUCUUCCAUUUAAAGAAGAACAUAAAGACACAUCAUCACCUGAAUAUCGUGAAAUUGUGGAAAAAUUCAACCAUACAGUUAUAUCCAAGUAUAAAAAAGAAAUAAAAAACUUUGAUCGUGUGGACAAUAUCAUUCUAAGUCCUGGUAAUCCAUUUACAACAAGGCGAAGAAGAAGCGUGCCUUUGGAGGAAGAAAAAAGUGUGAACAUUAAGCAUGAUGUCAUUCUUCACAUUGAAAAUGACAAUGUAAACAGUGCUUACGAUGAAGUGGUCAGUGAACUGCAAACGACUCUUGAAAUAUUAAAAAAUAGCUCAGAUGAUAAUUUUCCCAUUGCAGAGGUCCAAACAUCAAAGACUGAUUUUAAUAUCCAAGAGGUGUGCGAUAAAGCAUUAGAAAGUUUUCCCAAAGAAAUACAAAGACAUUUUACUCCAAUGGAGAUCAACGGCAAAGUGGCUUGUGUGACUGAAUGCAAUGCAGAACAUCCUACAACAAAAGAGUGUGGCUCCGAAGGCACUUGUGAAGUUACUAGGGAUGGUGCAACUUGCUACUGCCCCUAUAAUGAUGCUAACUGGUACCUGGGAGAGGAUUGCAGAUUCCAAGUGAACAAAAUUGGAUUCUAUGCUGGACUGGGAACAGUGGCAGCUUUAGCAGUGAUAACUGUCGCAAUCCUAACAGCUUAUCUUGUAAUAAACAAAAAGACUGUGAAGAGGAAUAAGGACAUAAAGCAGGAGCUAGUGAAAGAAUGGUUAGAAGAUGAUUUUGAGUGGCCAACCAAGAAAGCGCCAUUCCCAGUUGACCGAUACGAUAAUCCAGUCUACUCACCAAGAGACACACCUAACAGUUUAGCGAAAUAUAAACCAGACGUCUUUGCAGCUCGAUCCUACUCGACAAACUACUCGCCUGAACCCGACUUUCAUCUGCGGAACUUUCAGAGAGAUCCAUCUAUGAAAAUGGACAGACCUCAGAUCCGGACUUCUUUUGAUAUUUAAGUGCUUGAGUCCAUAUCAAUACAAACACACUGGAAAAAAACGAUUUAAAGCUGAUUCCUGGGAUUUACAAUUUUUUUUUAAGUUAAGUGGUUGUAAGCAAUUUAUUUGGGCUGAAUUUAAACAAACUAAUUAAGUUGAACAUUACACAAUUUAAUUUGUUUGUUUAAAUUCAACCCAUAUACAAUGUUUGCAACAGUUUCGCAGAUCUUUUUUUUCAGUGGGGCUAUGUGUGGUAUACUUAAUGUAUCUGUUGCUUUUAAAAUUCACAGGUCUGAUGUAUCAAAACACUGUGAGUCUUAUUUAUAUACCAUUAAAGUCGGUAGCAGUAGAAUUGUACAUAUUGUCUGUUUCUCAGAUGUGUGACAAACUCUGAACACGAUGCGUUUGAUCACAUGAUGAAGAGAUGGAGGAAACCUCUGCUUUUCUCUUAUACAUUAUUCAAAUCUCUGUCAGAUAUCUUCAUGUUUUAUUAUUGUUAUGAAUAAUGAUACAGCAUUAAUAUGAAUAUAUCAGUUAGUUAAUUGUGAUGUGAUUAGGUAUGCAAAUGCCUGCUUGAUGUAUGAAUUAAUCAGUUAGUCAGCAUUAGAUCAAUUGUUUAUCAUUCUACAAGAGGUGCGUUGAGAAGAGACUGUAUUAGGGAAAAUAAGAUUAAUCAGUCCUCAUUUUCCAUCAAAAGCUGCACGAGAAUGGAAUAUUAUACUAACAGCUGUAAGAUAUAUAAAAACAAAUGAAGUAUUUAAGGUUAAAAUAAUAAUAUGGUUAAUUAGUACUCUGUUAUGUCAACAUUUAAAUCCUGUAUUUCAUAGCUUGGGGUAUGUCUCUUGUGCACUUUGUAUUUUUAUUUAUUUUUUUAUGGAUUGCGAUGUGUAAAUCUAAGUUGUUUUAACAUGUACUUUAAUUACAUUUUCUUUAGGGCAACUCUUAACAUUUUGUUUAGGGACUACAGAUGGAAAAAUAUUGUGGUACAUUUACAGAAAUGUUUUAUUAAUGUACAAUGUCCCCGUUAACUAAACAAGACAAGGAAAUUGUGUGUUAACCACAAAUUAUUUAUUGUUAUUAUACUUAUAUUGCACUUUUUUUUUGUAAAUUGACACUUGCUUAUGUUAAAAUAAA